AGACGAGCAUCAACGCAUCAGGACGAGCUGAAAUCUGCACAGACUGAGUUUAUUAAAGAGGACAGAGAGAACACGAGUGAUCCAGAACCCUGCAGAAUGAAACACACUGAACAUACUGAAGAACAAAGAGACCUGAUGGAAGAGAACGAGGAGAGUGAAGUGGAGGAGGAACUUCAUGUCAAACCUGGAGAAAACCAGUUGAGUCGAUCAAAGACUAAAAAAACAUUUUUAAAGAAAACGAGUGCCAAGAAAUCUAUAACCUGCACUCAGUAUGGGAAGAGUUUUUCAAGGAAAUCUAGUCUAGAGAUUCACAUGAGGAUCCACACAGGAGAGAAGCCGUUCACUUGUGAUCAGUGUGGGAAGAGUUUCUCAAGGAAAUAUGGCCUAAAUAUGCACAUGAGGAUCCACACAGGAGAGAAGCCGUUCACAUGUGAUCAGUGCGGGAAGAGAUUCCCCCAAAAAGCAGGUCUUGAAAUUCACGCAAGAGUUCAUACUGGAGAGAAGCCGUUCAAGUGUGAUCAGUGUGAAAAGAGAUUCUCUACCAAACAAUAUCUUCAUGAUCACAUGAGAAUUCAUACUGGAGAGAAGCCGUACACAUGUGAUCAAUGUGGGAAGAGCUUCACACUAAAUAGAGGCCUUGCGCUGCACAUGAGGAUCCACACUGGAGUUAAGCCGUAUGUAUGUGAACAAUGUGGAAACUAUUUCACACAGAAACAAACUCUUGAUGCUCACAUGAAAGUUCAUACUGGAGAGAAGCCGUUUAAGUGUGAUCAAUGUGGGAAGAGUUUCACCCGAUUAAGAAACGUCAAAGAACACAUGAAGAUCCACACAGGAGAGAAGCCCUUCACUUGUGAUCAGUGUGGGAUGAGUUUCUCAAGGAAAUAUGGUCUAAAUAUGCACAUGAGGAUCCACACAGGAGAGAAGCCGUACACAUGUGAUCAAUGUGGGAAGAGCUUCACACAAAAACCAGGUCUUACGGUGCACAUGGGGAUCCACACUGGAGCGAAGCCGUAUGUAUGCGAACAAUGUGGAAAAUAUUUCCCACACAAAAAAAAUCUUGAUGCUCACAUGAAAGUUCAUACUGGAGAGAAGCUGUUUAAGUGUGAUCAAUGUGGGAAGAGUUUCGUCCGAUCAAGGGACCUUAACGUACACAUGAUGAUCCACAGGGGUGAGAAGCCGUUCACUUGUGAUCAAUGUGGAAUGACUUUCAGACAAGAAAAAAGUCGAGAGAUUCACAUGAGAGUUCACACUGGAGAGAGGCCGCAUGUAUGCGAUCAGUGUGGGAAGGGCUUCAUCCGACCAGGAAACCUUAAGAGUCACAUGAUAAUCCACACAGGAGAGAAGCCGUUCACAUGUGAUCAGUGUGGAAAGAGUUACCAACGCAAAGAAAAUCUUAAGCGACACAUGAGAAUCCACACUGGAGAGAAGCCGUUCACAUGUAGGCAAUGCGGCAAAAAAUUUAUUAGGGCAUCAAUCCUGAAGGCACACCUGACAGUUCAUACGAAGGAGAGGCCACAUUCAUGUUCUGUUUGUGGAAAGAGUUUCUCACGGCGGCAAACUUUACAAAUACAUGAGAAAAUACACUCUGGUGUGAGAGAGUACAUGUGCUUUGAGUGUGAGAAGACUUUUAUUUUAGCAAGCAGAUUAAAAUUACACCAGAUAAUUCAUACUGGACAAAAACCUUACAAGUGUUCACACUGUGACAAGAGAUUCUGUCGGUCAACAUCUCUGAAAACACAUGAGAGGAUCCACAGCAGAGAGUACACGUGUGAUCAGUGCGGAAAGAGUUUCACUAUUAAAACUCAUCUGAAGCUACACAUGAAGAUCCAUGAGGAGGAGAAACCACAUCACCGCAGUCUGAGAUCACGGUUAGUAGUUCAUCUUUAUGUGCUGAGCAAACAGUCUCUUAUGUGUGUGAACCAAAUGGCCCAUACAGAUGUAUGA